UAACGCAAUGGUUCGCGGUGUUAAAGACAGUUCUUCCUCGUAGACUUAACUGUUAAAUUGCUCUUAAAGUACUCCGAAUAGAGAUGAUCAAGAUGAUCAAGAUCUGUACGGUACUCUUCGCUUUCGUCGUUCUGCUUGAUAGUUCGGCAAUGACGGCACCAUUCGAAGGAGAUAUAGAAGAAAAGAAUACCGUCUAUAAUUUCAUUGAUCAAAAAUUACCAGAAUUAGAAAUUUCUCAUACGAGAUACAAAAGAGCAACUUGCCAAAUUCCUUUUAUCGGUGACUGGGUUAGUGACAGUGCUUGCGCCGCAGGCUGUAUCACGAGAGGAAGAGCCGGUGGCCAUUGCAGAAAUGAGAUCUGUCAUUGUCGAGAAGAGAAAAUGUUGGAUCUUCUACGAAAACAAUUCAAUUUCUAGACAAUGAAUGGUGAUCGAAAAGAUGGAUAAUAAAUACUACAAGCUAGUCGUAAUAUCAUUUCAUUUUAAACACAUCGACUGUUAGAAAAUGGAGACGAUUGUACCUCAUUUAUUUAUGAUUGGAAAAUAUAAUUAUUAUUUAUUA